ACCCUAUUUUUUCUCAGCACUUUCCCAGCCGUCAUGCAUCUGAAUGAAAACAUAAAAUUGCUGGGGAAAAAGAUCGUCCUGGUGCCCUAUGAGGCGCGUCAUGUACCCAAAUACCACGACUGGAUGAGCAAUGAGACUCUGCGGCAGCUGACGGCCUCUGAGCAGCUGACACUCUCCGAGGAGUACCUUAUGCAGCAGAGUUGGCGCAAGGACAGCGACAAACUUACGUUCAUUAUCCUCGACGCCGAUAUUUAUGCCCAGGACAAUGAUGAGCUUGCCGCCAUGGUGGGCGACACAAAUCUCUUCCUGCGCCAUGACCCCGACAGCAAUCAGAGCGUGGCCGAGGCGGAGAUAAUGAUAGCGGAGCCCCAAGCGAGGGGCAAAGGCUACGGACGCGAGGUCAUGCUGCUCAUGCUAAAGUACGCCCAAUCCCAGCUGGAACUGAACAAAUUCGAGGUGAAGAUCGACAUGGACAACGCCGUGUCCGUGCGUCUCUUUGAGAGCUUUCAAUUUGUGGAAACCGGACGUGUCGAAGUCUUCCACGAGGUUACGAUGCAGCGUGAGAUUACCACGGAGUGGAUUGACUGGUUAGACAAGCAGGUGGAGCUGAAGAUUGUGAGCUAUAAGGAUCGGCUGGAGCCAAUUCAUGCUGCCCAAUGAUCAGAAUUCACAUUUCGUUUAUGUUCUGUUUAUUAAACUUAUUUAUUACAAACUA